AUGUCGGCUUCUCAGGUGUUCUCGUGCUCCUUGUGUCCGUUUUCCUACACGGCUCAAAUCUACCUCCAUAAGCACAUCAAGAGGUGCCACACGGACGAGUACGUGAGACUGCUGAGGUCUGGAGAGAUCAGACCAGAGACUUUGGCACCUUCCAGAAGCAGCAACCAACAAACACAAAAACCUCUAACUGUGCCGUCCAGGUCAACAUCCAGUAAAGUCGCCCCUAACCCCUCUUCACAACAGGAAGGAGCGAAUGACAAGAGAAGUCACCGCUGCACUCAGUGUGGCAAGAGCUUUACUCAAGAGGCACAUCUCAAACUACACCAGCGCACUCACACAGGAGAGAGGCCGUACCACUGCACUCAGUGUGGCAAGAGCUUUACUCAAGAGGGAGAUCUCAAACAACACCAGCACAUUCACACAGGAGAGAGGCCGUACCACUGCACUCAGUGUGGCAAGAGCUUUACUGAGGGGGGAAGUCUCAAACUACACCAGCGCACUCACACAGGAGAGAGGCCGUACCACUGCACUCAGUGUGGCAAGAGCUUUACUCAAGAGGCACAUCUCAAACUACACCAGCGCACUCACACAGGAGAGAGGCCGUACCACUGCACUCAGUGUGGCAAGAGCUUUACUGAGGGGGGAAGUCUCAAACUACACCAGCGCACUCACACAGGAGAGAGGCCGUACCACUGCACUCAGUGUGGCAAGAGCUUCACUUCUACGGGUCAAUUAAAGACACACCGUUGCACUCACACGAAAGAGCCCUAACCAUGCGCUUUGUGAAACAAGAACUUCAUCUCAUUGCAGGAAGAACUGCAAUGGUAAAGAUGUAUUUUUAUGGCUGUUUAAUUAUUUGUAUUUAGUUUAGUGACAUAGUACUAGUUAGAGCAUUACUUUAUUACUGUAACUUUUUUAACUUUAAUAUUUUAAAUGUAAUAUUAGUAUGUGUAAACUUUGUUAACUG